AUGAACAACGCUCAGCUGCAGGAAUUUCUGACGGAACUUGGCGAAACGCCAAACGUCAGUGAACGCCGCGACGACGUCGAUUUCUGCCGAAAGAUCCUGGCCAAAACUGCGCCCAACACUAUUUUUGCUAUUAAUUAUAUUGCUUCGAAUUACACGGAUGUCGAUUUGGUUCAGCCGAUUUUAGGCCAACUGUUAGCUUUGUAUUAUAAAGGAGGUUGUUUCAGAAAAAAAAAGUUGAAAUAUGGAAAAAUAUUUUAGGAGUUCUUCGGUUAUACGUCCUGCAAUAUGUACCUGGAUUAGUCUCGCUUUAUCUUCUGGCUUUGGCGAAAAAGCAACAGAAGAGCGUUUCUCUAGUAGAAACUUUCUUUUUAGCUGUUUAUAACGAGGAAAUCAUGGCUGAUGGUAGUCCGGACGCGAAAAAGGGCGAGUUUUUUUGUUUUUUUCAUUCAAAACUUUGAAAAAUUUUAUAAUAAAAGUUAAUUUUGGAUUUCAGGUGGAAGAAGUUCGGAUUCCUUCUAUUAGGUAUCCAAGUAUCUACCAUGAUCCGGCCAAACUUCAGGGAAGUUCUGAAGUCACGACUUUGAGGCCUGGUCCAGCUCCCUCUGUCCAGGUGGGUAUAUUUGAUACUUUAUAUUUUUCGGCAAAAAGUAGUUUUGGUUUUAUAAGCAGUUUUUGUGUGAAAAUGUCAAUUUUUUAAGAAAAAACUGAUAAAUAGAAUUUUUUAAGAAAAAACUGAUAAAUAGAAUUUUUUUGCUUCAAUAAUUAGUCGAAUAACUAGAUUUUUUGAUUAUUCUUCAUACUUUUUUGAGUUUGAAUAGGGAACUUUUCUAAAUUUUCCUUUUUCGCAUUUUUCUGAAACGAACCUAUAGAUUUUUCUUAUCGAAACGCACUGUUCGUAGGAAGAUCAGAAUUUUUUCUAAAGGGGCGAUCUUAGGAUUAAGGGUUUCUUCUAGGAACCACAUAAAAAUCCCCUAUAGUGGCACUUAAGCUUGCAAAAAGUGACCACUGAAGGGAUUUUAUUUAGGGGCCACUUUAGGAGAGCAUUCUAGUGUAGGAAUAAGUCUUUUUAAGACGUUUAUUUGUCUUUCAAAUCAUAAAAAAAAAAUUAUGAGAUCAUUUAAAUUUGACCACUUUAGGGAGCUCUAUUUUUGACAUCUGAAUGGACUAUUCUGUCGUUUCUUUUGCAGCAAAGAAAAAAAUAAGAAAAAUAAUUAUUUUUUUGAUCCUGUAAAAAGUUCAAAAUAUCGAAAUGAAGUUUAUCACUUCUUUUCUGGUGAAUCAUACCCAGAAAAUGCUAUUUUUUUCCACCAAAAUUCACUUUCAAAAAGUGGCCGUUAUAGGGGUUUUUAGAUAGUGGCCACUCUAGGGCCCAUAUGCGUCUUUUUUGAAACCUUUUUUUCAUCUUCUUAUUAUAGAAAAAUUAAAUCUAAAUUUGACCCCUAUAGGGGCUGUUCUUCUCACUGAAUCCUCUAGGUAGCAUUCUGGUGUGCUUAAGUUGUUCCUUUUGCUGAAAAAAAAAAUAAAAUGAAGUAUUUGUGAUCCUCAAAAAAUUCGAAAAUUUCCGGUUGAAGUUUAUGAAUUAUUUCCUGAUGGGUUAUAUCCAAAAAAAGCUAUUUUUUCACCAAAAUUCUUUUUUUUUCCAGACGACAGUUCGUCUUGGGCCCUACCCAACGACGAAAAGUUUCACCGCCGAGAACAAAUUUCUAGUUCUCACUCGCAUUUUGAAAUCGGUAAUUUCGAUAUUUUCUUGAAUUUUUCGAAUUUAUUCUACUUCCAGGUCAACUCUUCCUUAUUCAUUGUUUCUUCGGAAGUGACGGCUCGAUUCAUUUGUCUUUGUACUUUGUCAGUUUGUCGGUCGGGAUUCUUUUUCCCUGAAACCGGCUUCCGAAAUAAGGUAUUUUAUCAUUUUAUUUAAAUUUUCAAGGUUUUUCCCAUUUUACUGGAAAAAAAUGAGCAAAAAAAUCUAUAUUAUCCUUCAGAAAAAAACUAUAUUUUUUUGGUAGUUUUUUUCAUUUUUUUCCUUGCUUUUUUUCAUCGAUUUUUUUCUCUGAGACAUUCCCCAGCCGAAAAUCCCAUAAUCGAAUUACGCUCCUGAUGUUUUUAGGUGCUGGAAACGGAACAUUCGCAGGAAAUCGUCGAGGAUUAUUCCAGGUUCCUGUUUCAAACUCUUCAGUUCAUUAGAUCUUUAUCUUCAUACAAUCUUGCUGUGAUUCGAUAUUUGAAAAAAACACAAAAAUUUUUGAAAAAUUGCUUUUUUUGUUUUUGGACGCUUUUCAAAAAGUACAAGAUUUUGGCGUCAAUUUGAAAAAGUUUUUCACAUUUUUUUAAAUUUUUUUCUAGGGUCUGUUGAAAAAAAUUAAAUAUUUAAAUCUCGUUUUCGAGUUAGGAUGCUUCUGAAGCUUAAAAUAGCGCAUUUUUUUGCGGACUUUGAAGGUUUAUAACUCGAAAACAAAAAUCUCUUGAGUUUUUUUCUUGUUCUGGAGUCAGGAGCUCCCACUUCAUAAAAAGUUUUAACGAAAGUUCAACUUGGGGGAGGGGUAAAACGAUACCUAGUCGGGCCCGGUGACUCCAGAAAACGGCAGACCGACGAUCAGGUCCUCAGAGAGUGUGUAAAGCGAGGAGAGUACGAGUCUGGCCUCUCCAAGUUUACCGUGCUCUCUGAACUGAUGCAUGGGCGCUGGGAUGCCGUUUAUUUUUUACCAGGGAACUUUUUUUUUUACUCUAAACAAUUUCUCGCAUUAGAUCUUGUUUUCUAGUUACAGAGCUUCAAAGUGUGCAAAAUACGCAAAUUAGGCCAAAAAAGCGCUAUUUCGGGCUUUUGAAGUGUCCUAACUCGAAAACGAGAAAAACGUUCUCUAGGUAGAUGCGCGGUGGAAUCUCCCCCUGUCAGCUCUGCUUGUUGCAGAAAACCACGACAGCAGGUCAACGGCUCCUUCUUGCUCGAACUUAUCUACGGCGCCUACUUGGCGCUGUUCAACGGCGCGGCGGACUUGGCCCUCCGCGCCAUAGACGCCGUCCAUCUCCGCUCCCAGUACGAACUCCUUCCCGACGUCCUUCUUGUCGUCAACUCCAUCAGGAACUCCCUUCUCGACGAUCCCCUCUCCAAGGUCAAGAGAGACGAGUUGCUCUGGACCAAGGCCUAUAACAAGGUUCUUUUUUCGAAGCUUUUUAUCACUCAUUUCUGUUUCAGUAGUACAUUUUGAUAUAGUUGCAUUAAAAAAAGUCAUUUAAGACAAAUUAAAAUUUGGAAUUUUCUGUCCUCCUUCUUACGGUUCUAAUUGGUACAUUUUCAAGUUGGUAAAUAUAAAAAAGGUUGGAAGUUUAUAUUGGAGAAUUAAGGCAUAUUCCUGUUUCAAUGAGUUUAGAUUUUGUAGUUGGACCCAAAACAAUAUUUACGAAAUCAUUUCAGUUGUUUGAAAAAAACUCAGAUAUUCAACGGAUCUCCUGUUUUGGUGAUAAUAUGUAUCGAUUUCGGUUCGAGACCCAUUUUUUUGCAAAUUCAUAAAAAGCUUCCUAAGGGGUUAGGGCGGAGCCUAGAAAAAAAGUUCUCCCCCUUUUUUUCUUGAAAAAGCUUUCUGCAAAGUUUUUCCUGUUAAUCAUGCUUUACGAUUUUUUUAUUUCUCUCUAAAAGUCUAAAUAUUAAUUUAAAAAAAGUUGGGGGUGGUAAAUCUAUUUUUCUUCAUUGCUACAGAAUCAUGCAAUCUAGUUUUUUUAGAACAAAAAUGAAGCAUCAGUUUUUUUUCGCGACGGUUAAUUUUUUGUAAAGUUUUUUCUCACCACUGGAACAUGAAAAAAAAAUUUUUUUGAAAGCAAAGUAUCGAUCUUUCAGUUUUUUUCUCUUUUCUAAAAAGAUUAUCAUUCGAUUUUUACUGUUUCAGGACGAUAUUAUAAGUUUUGAUUUUUUUCAGUGAGAUUAUUUUUUUCAGCUUAUUCGCAUACUAUAAAAUACGGGCGUUUACUAAAUUCGACCGAUGUGACCGUUUAUAACAUGCGACCGUUUUUUUUGUGCUCCGCUGCAAAUUAAUAAAAUACGGUCGUUUCUUAAUCUUAUCUCCCUCGCCUUUUCUGGCACUUUUUUCUCAAAUUUUGUAUUUUUUCCAAUUUUCCUUUUGAAAAUUCGUUUUGAAUUUAUUAUGAUAAAUUUUCUCAUCGUUCAAACAAUUGAGGCUUCUCAUUAAAAGCUUCUAAACCAUUUUCAAGAGUCCAUGAAUCUGUAAUAAACCAGAAAUCAGAUGAGGACCUUGAAAAUGGUUUAAUAAAAGAUACUAUCAAAAAUACAAAAAAGACACUAGUAUACGGAUCAGAAAGCUAUCGAAAAAAUUAGAAUUUCGUUUAAAAAUAAUUGAAAUUCAAAAAAAGCUCGUAUUUAUUAAUUGACAGUGGAGCACAAAACAAGCGGUCGCAUUUUGUAAAUGUCCGUACUUUAUAGCAUGCCUAACUUACUUCCAUUCAUUGGGAAAUUAUAAUGCAGUCCAAUUUUCCGAAAAUGAUGAAAAUCGAUUUUUCAAAAGGUAUAUAUUUUUUUCUUGAGUAUAUCUCUCCAUUGAAAAUUUAUCAUGCGAUUUUAUUAUUAAAUAUCGAUUUUUCCGUGACGGUUAAAUUUUUUAGAGUCCUUUCUCUUCUCUGAAAAAUUGUCUUAUAUUCUUAAAACAGUGAUGAAAAAAUCGAUAUGAUUUUUUUUUUUACAUUUUUCACGGAUUGUCAAGCGAUUUCAAUCAAUCAAAUAUCGAUUUUCCGCAGGACGGUCGAAGGAAGCAGCUGGUGACGAGCGCCUCUCUGAGAAUGAAGCGGAUGCCGGAAGACAUUCCCGUCCAGGAACAAGCCAAAGAAAAGGAACAUUCACGGUUCGGCGAACUCGUCGAAGAAGGUUCCAUUCGACCCGAAAUAACGUCCAUUUAUGCUUCUGCCUCUAGGAAUGGACCAUCUGCACGAUUUGAAGAAGAAAGUCGUCAACAUGGGUCUCCAUCACAAGGCGAUGCGGAGGAGGAAAAGCCUCGACCAUGAUGAUGUGGGAUAUUUUGGGAAAAAGUUUGAAAAACAAAUUAGAAAUGAUUCCUGCUACGAACGGCACUGAAAAGAACUUUUGAUCACGCCGUUUUUCGAUAGAUGCCAGAUAUAAAAAAAAAGAAAGGUUUUGGUUUUAACACACCUUCUCUUAAAAGAGGAAUACUUCUGACUAGGGAACAGAAAAUUUCUCGCAAUAGAUCUCGUUUUCGAGUUAGAACACUUCAAAAGCCUGAAAUAGCGCUUUUUUGGCCUAAUUUGCGCAUUUUGGUUUAAUAUUCAGCUUAUUUCACGAAAAGUCAAUAAUUCGUGCAGGUUGAGGCUUGCAGUAUCUUCAUCUAACAUUUUUCAGAAAAAAAAACUUAUUUUUUCAGACGCCAGACCUUCAAACGAUCAAAGAGGAACGAAACGGCGCAGAGACCCGCGGAGACAUGUCUCCGAGCUCGGAAAACGCCAUCGUUCUGAACGACGAGGACCUGGAACGACGUCUCCGGGACAUCACCGUCGUGGAACACGACUACUCGGCCAGGGCAGAUUCUCCGAAGAAAGAGGAGCCGAAGAAGGAAGAAGAAGGAGGGGAACCGUCUUCAUUGGAACACAGAGGCUCUUUCAGCGUCAGCGGCCUGAGACACGCGGACAGCGGUAAUAGCACCCAUCGGUCGACGGAGUAGCUCCCAGACGAUUUCCGUGUGUUGUAGAUGACCUUUUUCCUGGUUUCUGCACGUCAAGGUCUUUCGAAAGUCCUCGUUAUAACUUCCGAAAGAAGGAUAGUCUUUUAUGGCUUGACACGGCGCACUUUUUCUCCGUAAAGUGUUGUGUGUCGUGUGCAAGCACUGCGCCGCUCUUGCGCAGAAAAUUGCGUUUACGUAAAGAGAAUUCGAUUCGGCUCAAAGACCUCUGGCAAUACGGCGGCCUGCGCCUUUAAUAAGCCCUGUUAUUUACGCUCUUAUAGCAGAAAUCUGCCGUUCCCAUGACGUCACGUGGGAACGGUGGAUAUUGGCUCCGCCCACCGUGUUUUUGGUUUUGAAUUUUUUUUUUUCCACUAACAAAACGCCGUGUUAAAGUAUCAAAGACAAUGACUGCUUCUUCAAAAGUCCAGACCCUUUAAGAAGACUUUUUUCACGAUUCCAUGAGUUGUAGACGAAAUUUUUUUCGUUUCACCACGUAAGGUUUGUUCAAAAAUCCUUGCUGAGGGCUUUCAAAAGUCCCUUCGUCUUAAGACCUUUAUGGAACUCUGUGCUCCUUUAAAAUUCAAAAUGGAUCUUUGAAAUGAUUUUCUUUUGAUUUUCCUGUAGAUGACUAUGUUCUUGCUUCGGAAUUCCUUGCCUGAGUUUUCAAUGGCCAUUGAAAUAUUGCAGAAAAUGACUCUUCACCUUGAGACCUUUAUCAGUCGCUCUGUGCUCCUUUAAACACUUAAAAAGGGCUUUUGAACAGACUUUUCUCAUGAUUCCCUAUGUUGUAGAUACCUUUGUGAUUAUUUCAGCUCUUUCAAUCUGUUCAAAAGUCCUUGUUAAAAUUUUUGAGGGUGUGAAAGUCCUUCAUGACUAGAAAUAAAAUUGGAAGGAGUUUUGAACGGAUUUUUUAAAGGGAAAAUUGCCUUGAUUCGACUAUUUUUCAGUGUCGUGGGCUGUAGAUUUGUUUGCAUUAUGUGUAUUUCUGAUCAUUGAGGCUUUGAAAAUGCGGAAAAUUUUUUAGAGCCAUGAAAAAAAUAUUUUUUUUCAAAUUUUUCCUGUAUAUUUUAAUUUUUUAUGAGUGUAAGACGAUUAUUUUCGAAAGGAGAAAAGUUUUUAUCUGGCCCUGUUUCAUGGAAGGUCCCUAUAUUCUUUUUCAGCUUUUAAGGAAGCUUGAAAGUUCGAAAAAAUACCGAUUUUUUCAAGUUUUUAGCUUUGAAGAUUCGAAUUUUUGCUUAAAAUAAGAUCACGUUUUCUGCAAGAUUUCAAAUAAUUUUUUUCUGUGGUUUCUGGAUUCUAUUUUGUGACCAUAUCCAGUUAGAAAAGCUUGCCAGUAAUGCUUUCAAAGUUCAAAUUGAAGUGUCGUGCAUCCUUGUGCCUUUUAACCUCAAAAAAGUAAAAAAAUAACCUCUUUUAGACUAUGCUUUUGACUAACUUUUCGUGAAGAAAUUGGUUCAGAUGACCUCGCGUGA